ACUUUGAACACGUUUCUUCUUUCUUGGUAUCCGAAUGGAUUUACACUGCCAUCCACAUUACCUAAUUUGUGGCUACCGGACUGUGAUCUCACGGUGGCUGGUGGGAAUGGUUCCACGGUCCAAUUCGUUACACACAGCUGGCUACCUCCUGACUCUCAAUUCACAUCACCUCGGCGAUCAGACACUUUUGGUCCUUAUUGUCGGUUCGAGUCCCAUCAGGCAACGAAAUUAGCUUGGGCCAAAUUGCAGACUGCCGUGCCGUUACUGCACCAACUCAUCAGUCAUAUGCGCCUGUCUCAGUCCGAAUAUGAUGAGUUAUUGAGCUCGGCUUUGGACUUGAACCGUGUGCCAAAUCAGGAGCUGACAUCCGGCUACUAUGACCUUGCUUGCCGAUGGGUUCGUUUGCAUCGUAGUCGGUGGCAGGAGUGGGCGACCGGCUGGGAUGAAAAGCAGAAUCUUACUGUAGCCGGACUGUUCACCUUCUAUGGGAAGUGGGUUAUUCCCAAUUUGGAUCAAAUUGCUUUGGAGGCGAUUGACUUUGUCAAUCGAGAUUCGGCGUAUUUUGGCAACACGGAAUAUUCACUCACAAUGAUCAUUCGCAAUUUGACCUGUGUUCAAGACAUUGUGCUGAAUGAUUAUUUUGAUCUCGUCAUGAGCUCCGCGGGGAAGCGAUUGAUCGGUGUAAUCGUAGUUUCCAAUCCUCGUAUUGCACCGCAUACCUUUGCCUUUAGUUUGUCGCACAUCGAGGAUUUUACGGCCCCGUUGUGUAAUGGGAUUAACCAGCUGAUUCGGUGUUUUCUGGCUAGACUGUGGCUAUUGUUUCUGCUUCAGGCGUUUUCUCCAAACACAGGAAAUCCCACGUGUGAAACAACAAUCGAAUACUUUGGAUUCAAAUCACGACAACAACCAUGUUUAAUACUUAUUCGUUUUUUCCGGCACUGGAAUUGGCGUCGAGUAGCCUUGUUCCGUAAAGACAAUCACUUCUUCGAUCCGCGCGUGUUUCAAGUCAACGGGGUUGAUGUGAUCGCGGACUUCGAGAUGAUCGAAAGUCAACUGAACUUCGGCUUGGUUAAACAAGGCCUGGAAAAAAUGAGUGAACACAACAGCCGAAUUUUUAUUGUCGAGUACUUCGCUCGUGGCACCGCUCUGGUUCUCUGUGCAGCCUUUCGCCUCGGGUUCUACUUUGAUGCCGGUUACGUCUGGUUCCUCAAUCCAUGGCUAUCCAAAGACUGGUGGAAAAGUCCGGACAUUCUACCUACUCAGUGCACCCUAGCUGAAAUGGCCAACAUAACCUCCUGGACGUUCACACUCGAACAUCAGGUAAUGCGUACUGUAGUGUACCCUAAUGUUCGAGAGCCGGAACCUGAUUCGCGUACGGUAAACCGAGUCGCUCGACACAACAUUGACGACCCAGCGCACGUCACGGAAGCGCCAACUGAAGCGGACAAUCAAAUUUAUCAAUCGAUGGAAAGCGUUGAUAUUCUGGAGGAUCACAACUACGCUGUGUACACAUGGGAAUCAGUAAUUGUUCUGGCCAAAGCGUUGGUUCAUUUACUGCGUGAGAAUCCCAGCUCCAUGUCGGUAUUUGAAACGGUGCAGAUUGCUGAGGCUUAUCAACGAAUUGUAGCGUCCACAGACAUUAGCUACACAAGUUCACCGGACACAUUUCUCUCCUCUCGAGAGAAGUCUGGGGCCGAUGUGACGCCAGAAUUAUCUGCAGCUCUGAAUGGAAAUGAUCCUCCGGUUCAAGUAUCCUCCCGAUUGAGGUUUAACGGUCAAAACGAAAGAGCAGCCGAUUUUUGGAUUCUCAAACAACACCGAGGUCCGGUAACUGCCUCAAUAAUCCGUUGGUCAGUCAUACCUCCGUCAGCAUCAUUUUCUUCACAGUCCAACGGUAGCAUGAGUCCUGAUUUCGGUUCCGAGAGGGAUGAGGUUCCGGCAUUGAUGGGCGAGGUGUUGUUGGAACCGGUCAACUGGGGACGCAACAACGGUCCCCCAGGAGACGGUUCACAAACUGAAGAACACUGUACGUUCCUAUUCAUCAGUCAAUUGUUUGGAGUCAGUUGCUCUACCGCGACAACGAUUUGCGCGAUCGGAAUGGUUGUGUUGCUCGCAUUACCCCUGUUCACUUUAUUCAUCAUUUACUAUCGGCGCAAACUAAAAGAGGCCGAGAGACUGAUUCGUAAGCCGUACGAGGACUUGUGCGAAGAAUUGGUGGAUAUUGAUUGGCAACAAAGACCGGAGUCAAUGGAACGCAUUGUCACAAUGCUUCGUAUGAAUCCGGAAUGCGUGCGGCCGUUCCUGACUGAUGAGCCUCCGAAGCUGAAAAUCACCAUAUCAGAGCUUCCGUUUCAACCCGGUGCAGGUGCUUGCAUCAUGUCUGAACAUGCACUGGCUUCUGAUGGACCGGCUUCCAACAACCCCCCGAGUUCAAUGGCUGUGGUUGAGAAUUUAUCGAAUAAUCACGUGACGAACGUCCGCGGAUUCCACAGCACUACUGGUAGUUUGGCUGGUUUGGGCCGUUCUUCUCUUGCCUAUUGUUCGACAGAUUCGUUCUCCGAAACUACCACAGCUGCUACACGCUUGAUGUCAAGCGAAGGUCAUCAACAGCCUACCGGUCGAAGACGUCACAAAACGGCCGAGGGUUCUGUCGGUCUGGUUCGCAGCCAUUUUCUGCGUCGGGGCACUACUAGUUCCUCGUCCGGAGGUCAUACCUGUCAAGGUUCUGAGGCUAGUUCAGAUGAUCGAUCCCACGGAGAUUUGAAUCAGACGAAAAGUGCGGCUGCGCUUUUCACCCUUAGUCCAUUACUUCCACAUGGCUGGGCCGGUUCACAACCUUCACCCACCAGACCCGCUGAGUCCACUGGCCAGGGAGCUACCCGAAUUUCGGGAUGUGUUGGUGGUGGUGCACGGCGAGGCGCAAUGCCAAUCGGUUCAUCGAUCAAGCACACCCAUCGUGAACCCCACCCUAGCCCGCGACAUAUGUUGCUUCGUAAACCGGGCAGUUUGGAUGAUGAUGAACUGAUGGAACUCACUCCCAAGCCACCGAAAGAAACGGAUAUCAACUGUGCACAUGACUUGCCGGAUUUAGUCAAAUCCCCUAGCUCCACGCUGAUCCGGCAUCAGGACGCGAUUACCGCAGCCUUGACCAACGGGCCCAUGAACGAUACCGCUGCCUCUCUUCUAAGUUCCUCUAAAGAGUUAACGAAACAACCUAAUGGUAUGGUGUCUUCAACUUUGAGGUCACUUUCAGCGGAGUAUCUUUCCUCCGACCCUGAGCGUAAGCAAGCGAGUUCUGAGUGCACGAAAAGCGCACCAGAAGGUCGCACAUCAGCAUAUGUCCGGAAUGUUCCCAUGAAAGCUGUAGCAGAAGUGGACCAACAGCGCUUAACAGAUCACCGUCCAAAGAUUGUAUCAACCAAACAUUCAGACUUGAUUUCUGGACGUGGAUCUGACGGUCAUCCAUGGGGUACUAACCCACCAAUUGGCUCGCGUUCUGUGGUAGAUAAUGCUUCGCAUUUGUUACGUUCCAUGAUUCGUGCCAUCUGGCGUAAUAGUAAUACCAACAAAUCCAAUCAGACACGAUUGCAGGGAACCACCUUGCGCACCACCAAAUCGUCCACUUCAUGCCGUGCUCUGGGAGCGCAGGAUCUGAGCUGCACCAGUCAGUCCAAUCCGGAUGUCGAGGCAUCCAACGUGUCUACCUCUUGUCCUCCACUUCUGAUGCCUCAGUUUUCGUUCCUUAAUUCCCAUGUAACUGAUCGCUCAGACGGGACCUCGUACCCGCGAGCGUCAGCGCACAUGCCUCCCGUCUCAGCCCCUCCGGUUCAACGCUCCUUUUUUAUACACAACCAGCCCCAGCCGAAAAACAAUAGUUUGGGAAACUUCUCACUGACCGACCGAUAUUCGACACCUCCAUUGCAUACGGGUACCCGUACCUCACUGAACUCAUUGUCGCAAUCUACUGUGGUUUUCAGUCCUAAUAUGCAAGUGUCAGAACCCUGCCCUAGUCCGACUGUGUUCACGAAGCAUUCUGAUCAAACUUAUCCAACAUUACCUCCGUCAUCACCUCCAGCGCCAUCCUUGACGAAUCCACCAGAACCGCCCAGAGAAACCUCGUCUAAAACUGCUUCUCCUGAUCCGUUCUACCUCGUAUGA